AUGUACACACUCUACUACGGAACUAUCGUUCAUACCCCAACAAUCUCAUCAAUUGAAAUAAAUAUCAACACUUUGGUGGGGGUCAAUUCAAAUGGUACAAUUGACUUUAUUCAUAAAAAUCUUUCUAAAGAUGUGAAUCCAAUUAAAUUCUUCUUUAACAAUCAUUCUCCUUCAGAUCCAAUCAAAGAAUUUAAAUUUAAUGAUAAUUCUCAAAAUCCUCUUCAAUUUUUCUGUCCUGGAUUCAUUGAUACUCAUAUCCAUGCGUCUCAAUAUCCAAACUUGGGAAUUGGCAUUGGGGUACCCUUGUUGGAUUGGCUUAAACAAUAUACUUUCCCCAUGGAGGAAUCUUUUAAAAAGGAAAAUUUACUCAUGGCAGAAGAUGUCUAUAAUAAAGUGAUAUCUCGUACUUUACUGUGUGGAACAACUUGUGCUCUGUAUUUCACCACCAUUGAUUACGAUACAACCACCUUAUUCACCGAUUUGUUGCUUAAACAUGGCCAAAGAGGCUUUGUGGGUAAGGUUUGUAUGGACCAUAAUGAACCAUAUCCUCAAUAUUCUGAACUGUUUGAACAAUCAAUUGAACUGCAACAGAAAAUUUUGAAUUAUAUUGAGUCUAAAAACUCUAAAAUUAAUGCUCGCUAUAGUGAAAAGAAGGGAACCCUUUCAACCUGUAAUCAUGACCAUUCUCGUCUUGUUACCCCCAUUAUCACUCCUAGAUUUGCCCCCGUCUGUCUGGACCCUUUACUUCAAACCUUGGGGGCAAUCUCUUUGGCAAAUUCCCUCCCAAUUCAAACCCAUAUAGCUGAAAAUUUAAAGGAAGUUGCCCUUAUGAAGGAAUUAUUCCCACAAUUUGAAAACUAUGCACUGGUUUAUGACCAUUAUCAACUCCUUACCAAUAGAACCAUUCUAGCCCAUGCAGUUCAUUUGGAUGAUGAUGAAUGUAAAAUCAUCAGUGAAAGAGGUUGUACCAUUUCUCAUUGUCCAACUUCAAAUUCAUUCCUUUCACUGGGAGAAGCUCCAAUAAAGAAAUAUCUUAAACAUAAUAUAAAUAUAGCCUUGGGUACCGAUCUUAGUGGAGGUUUUGAUCUGCUGAUCUUGGGAAUCAUGAAACAUUCUAUAUUGGUAUCCCAUCAUUUGGCAAUGCCCGAAGAAAUUGAUGAUUCAAACAAACUUUCAAUCAAGGAAGUGAUGUACAUGGCUACUCAAGGAGGGGCCAAGGCAGUUGGAUUAGGUGACACUAUCGGCACAUUCCACGUCGGGAAGCAAUGGGAUGCUCAAUUGAUCGAUUUGGCAUCCUCAAACCUGUACUUGGAUGUCUUUGAAUGGCAAGUUCCAGACACCAAGGGAGAUCCAACAAAGGCCGUAGAGAAAAUCAAUGAACUCUUGGGACGUUGGAUAUUCAAUGGAGAUGAUAGAAAUUGUAUGAAAGUUUGGGUCAAUGGUAAUUUGGUUGUUGAUAAGGAGGAUACUCUGGAUGGAUGGGUCAUUGUAUAA